CGCUUGAAAUUGUCUCUCCUCCUCCUCUGCUCGCAUACUGCUCCUCGAAAUGAAGGCAUUCGUGAAGCUCAAUCCGUACUCUUUCUUGUUACUCUGUGUAUGCACUCUCCGCGUGUUUUCUCUCUCCGUUUCCUUCUCUCCGGUCGACAAUCACCUCAUCAACUGUGGCUCCGCCGUGGACGCCACCGUUGACAACCGUGCGUUCGUCAGCGACUCGUCCAGCUCCAAAUCACAGGUUCUGACCUCGACUCGGACGAUCUCGCUGAACGACGACAACCCAGCCCUAGGCACGCCCCAAAUCUACCACACGGCGAGGGCCUUCACCAGACCUUCCAAGUACGUGUUCAAAGUCCAGGAGAGAGGGACGCACAUGGUACGCCUUCAUUUCCAUAGGUUCAAAUCCUCGAGGAUGGAGUUGUAUGACGCUCGGUUUCAUGUUUUGGUGGAUGGGUAUGUGGUAUUGAGUAACUUUAGCGGCGAAAGCGAGUCUAGAACCGUAAUUAAGGAGUAUCUGAUCUGGAUUGAUGCUGAAAAGCUUGUUCUUACAUUUUUCCCUGCUAAAAGGUCGAAAUUUGGAUUUGUCAAUGCGAUUGAAGUGAUAUCUGCGCCCAAAGAUUUGAUUUUGGAGACUGCCCAACUUGUUGAUGGUGACAGACUAGUGAAUUUCAAUGGAUUGAACCGGCAAGCUUUCGAAGUGUUAUAUAGGGUUAGUGUCGGUGGUCCGAAGGUUACUCCUUUUAAUGAUUCUCUGUGGAGGACUUGGGUUCCUGAUGAUGCUUAUCUGAAGUCGACUUAUGGAUCAGAAAGGGUAUUCUUUGGUGGCAGGAUUAAGUACCAAACGGGAGGUGCAAGCCGUGAAGUAGGUCCUGACAAUGUAUACAAUUCUGCUAGAGUGAUUAAAAGCACUAAUGCAACAGUACCUAAUGUUAACAUGACAUGGGUUUUUCCGGCAACCAGAGAUUAUAAAUAUCUUGUUCGGUUGCAUUUCUGCGACAUUGCUAGCAUUUCUCUCGAGUUGUUAUACUUCAAUGUGUACGUCAAUGGGUUCUUGAUGUUAAAAAAUUUUGAUCUCUCAUAUGUCGUAAAUGAGGUUUUGGCAGCACCAUUUUAUGCAGAUUUUGUAGUUGACGGAGAUAAUUUGGGGAUUCUGAGUGUGAGCAUCGGACCGUCAAAUUAUAGCAUGGCCCAUGCAAUUGAUGGCCUUCUUAAUGGUGUGGAGGUCAUGAAGUUGAAUAACUCAAUGGGUAGCCUUGAUGGCGAGGUGUGUGGUGGAUUCAUUUUGAAAAGCUGGCCAAGAGGAAACAUGGGCGUUUUGGUUCCUUUGGUUGCUGUAAUUUGUUUGCUACUGAGUAUAUCUGUGGUUAUGCAUAGGAGGAGAACUGGGGUAAGCCACCCUGUUGCAUGGACCAGGUUGCCGACAGACAUGACAGAAUUAAGCCUGAAACAAGCCAAGCAACAGUUGAGAUAAAUCAUGUCUUAAAAUAUGUGCUUGGAAUUGGUCGUGGAGGGUCAACUGUUGUUGAUUGUUAGUGAAAGUAUACUGUCGAUGCAGGCAACAGCUCCUGUGUCUUCUAUUAUAUUGAGUUGUAGUUUGGGACCUGUAAGAGGGUCUGUAAGCUUGGAGUGUAUGCGUUGUAAUUAUCCUGUAAGUUUUAUUGUUAGUGUUCUUCACAAAUAUGAAAAUAGAUGUCCGUGCCUUUCUAGUUGGUAUCACAAUAAUCUCAUUCUUUUACCUGAUCUCAAAACACUAUGAAGCAAUACUAAUCACAUAGAAGUUUGCCAA